AUGGAUACCACAAUAGCUAGUCUUCCCCCUCAGGUAGGCGCAAUCCUGAUGGACAAUAUUGAGAUUGUUGAAAUUGUGUCCAUGUUUUCAAUCGGCGCAUACAACGCUCUUGAGAUAGCAUUUGUGACAUUCGACAAGUUCAAGCGUCACCGCAGCCUGUACUUCUGGAGCAUGCAGGUCGCAUCCUGGGGGAUCCUGGUACAUGCUCUGCCCGCCAUGGCCCGGCUUAUAUCUCAAGCAUCUAACCUUGCAACGUCAGUUCCGUUCAUGAUCGGAUGGUAUGCCAUGGUCACAGGCCAGGCUGUCGUGCUCUACUCGCGCCUGAACCUGGUGGUGCAGCAUCAAGUUACCCAGCGAUGUGUGCUCUGGAUGAUCAUCGUCAAUGCCUGCGCUCUCCAUAUCCCCAUGACUGUCCUGUUUUUUGGCCUCAACAGCGGGGACAGACGCUUCGCUACCCCGGCUGCCAUCUUUGAUCGCAUUCAAUCGACUUUCUUCAGUGCGCAAGAUCUGAUCAUUUGCGGGAUCUACAUCCGAGAAGCAGUGCAAUCCAUGAAGCUGCUACUUGCGACUCGCGAACAAGAAGCUCGGCGAGUCAUCAAUCAUCUAGUCUGGAUUACGACGGUGAUUGUGGUGCUGAACGUCCUGCUUCUUAUCACCGAGUACAGAAUGCACUAUAUUCAAGUCAGCUUCAAGACGGUAGUAUAUAGCAUUAAGCUGAAGCUGGAGUUCAGCGUCCUCAAUCGUCUUUGCCAUCUAGUGCAGCCUCAGCCAUUCGUUUUCCAAGAAGACCUCGAGUUACGUGGUGGGUCUGGUGGUGAGAAUCUACGGCCUAUACUUUCACAACCAUCAGCCCCCUCAGAGACUGAGGAGGUCUGUCAGGGAUCGAAACCGACCGGUCCUGCUGGUGAGUGGAGCCAGCAUGUUUCUCGUGAGACAUGUGAGAUGACAGGACAUGCCGGGGCGUAUCUAAAGUGCGGUUCGACUCCGACUCCGCACAGUAUGGAGCCAAGGACAUCUCCGAACAGCUCGUCGGGAAAUCUGCGCAUCUUGGAGUUGACUUUGCCAGAAUUUUCACCAAAGAUCGAAAUUUGGGAACCGAGUCGGGGGUAA